AUGGCGGUGGAGCAGACCGUGCCGAUGGAGCAGUGGCCCCUCCUCCCGGCGAACCUCUCCUUCCCAGAAUCCCUGCUGUACGACAGUUUCUUCCCAGAGAACGUCUCGGACUCCAACGCCACAGAGAGAGUGAUCCACCAGGACGCCACCAGCUCCAUGGUCAUCACACUCAUCUACUUUGCCGUGUGCGCAGUGGGACUGUGCGGCAACGCGCUGGUCAUCUACGUGAUCCUGCGCUACGCCAAGAUGAAGACGGUCACCAACAUCUACAUCCUGAACCUGGCCGUGGCCGACGUCCUGUGCAUGACGAGCCUGCCCUUCAUCGGCCUCCAGCUCGCUCUGGUGCACUGGCCGUUUGGAGAGGUGUUGUGCCGCCUCAUCAUGAGCGUGGACUCGCUGAACCAGUUUACCAGCAUCUUCUGUCUGAUGGUGAUGAGCAUCGACCGCUACCUGGCCGUGGUGCACCCCAUCCGCUCCACCAAGUGGAGGAAGCCUCGCGUGGCCAAAGUCAUCAACCUGACGGUGUGGGGCGUGUCUCUGCUGGUCAUCCUGCCCACCAUGAUGUUCAGCGGCCUGGACGGCGUUCCAGUGUGUGGCAUCGUGUGGCCAGAGCCGCAGGACCUCUACUACACCGCCUUCAUCGUCUACACCUUCUUCAUUGGCUUCUUCCUCCCUCUGACGGUCAUCUGUAUGUGCUACCUGCUCAUCAUCAUCAAGGUGAAGUCGUCGGGGAUGCGCGUGGGCUCCACCAAACGCAAACGCUCAGAGCGCAAAGUGACCCGCAUGGUGUCCAUCGUGGUGGCCGUGUUCGUGCUCUGCUGGCUUCCCUUCUACGUCUUCAACGUCACGUCGGUCUCCAGCGCCAUCAUCCCCACUCCGGUCGUCAAGAGCACCUUUGACUGCGUGGUGGUCCUGGGCUACGCCAACAGCUGCGCCAACCCCAUUCUGUACGCCUUUCUCUCCGACAACUUCAAGAAGAGCUUCCAGAACGUGCUGUGUCUGAAGAAGGUGGCAGGUUUGGACGAGAUGGAGCGCAGCGAUAGCCGGGCGGACCGCAGCCGCAUGGGGCACGACGCUGCGGUCAUCGGAGCCACUUUAGAGACUCACAAUGCGGCGCUGCUCAACGGGGAACUGCAGACGAGCAUCUGA